GUCGGUCUCCUCUCCACAGUUAAAGGCUACUUCCUUUGGAAGCACAUUUAGAGGAAGCCUUAGCAGCCUCCACAUUGACUCUCCGCGUACUCGUUCUUUCUUUCUCUGCUCGAAUUAUGCCUGACUCCCUCACCGGAGUCGGCUAGCGUACGACAGACAAGGAAGCCUUGGGAGGCCACAACCCGGGAAAUCUGGUUACACUUCCGCCUCCCAGGCUCCGGAAGGUAUCGCGCACGCGCUCCCUGCGACUCCGGCGCGGUUGACUUCCGCUCCCACUGUGCCCUGCGAGCCGAAUCAUGGAUCACACUGACAAUGAGCUACAAGGCACUAAUAGUUCUGGAUCAUUGGGUGGUCUUGAUGUUCGAAGACGAAUUCCUAUAAAGCUCAUCUCCAAACAAGGGAACAAAGCCAAAGCUUCACCUCGAACUCCAAGGACUAUAAACAGGAUGCCUGCAAAGGCUCCAGCUGGUGAUGAAGGAUUUGAUUAUAAUGAAGAAGAACGGUAUGACUGUAAAGGGGGCGAACUGUUUGGAAAUCAGCGAAGAUUUCCUGGACACCUUUUUUGGGACUUUCAGAUAAACAUCUUAGGUGAAAAGGAUGAUACACCAGUUCAUUUCUGUGACAAAUGUGGAUUGCCUAUUAAAAUCUAUGGGCGAAUGAUUCCAUGCAAGCAUGUUUUUUGCUAUGACUGUGCUAUUUUACACGAAAAAAAGGGAGAUAAGAUGUGUCCAGGCUGUAGUGAUCCUGUGCAGCGAAUUGAGCAGUGUACACGAGGUUCUCUCUUCAUGUGUAGCAUUGUUCAAGGGUGCAAGAGAACCUACUUGUCCCAGAGAGACUUACAGGCUCAUAUCAACCACCGCCAUAUGAGAGCUGGAAAACCUGUUACCCGUGCUUCACUUGAAAAUGUUCAUCCUCCUAUUGCCCCACCACCAGCUGAAAUCCCUGAUCGUUUUAUAAUGCCGCCAGACAAGCACCAUAUGAGCCAUAUUCCGCCAAAGCAGCACAUCAUGAUGCCACCACCUCCUUUGCAGCAUGUGCCCCACGAGCACUAUAAUCAGCCACAUGAGGAUAUUCGUGCUCCUCCAGCAGAAUUGUCCAUGGCUCCACCUCCACCUCGCUCGGUCAGUCAGGAAACCUUUCGUAUUUCAACAAGAAAACACAGCAAUUUAAUAACUGUCCCUAUUCAGGAUGACUCAAAUUCAGGUGCUAGAGAACCACCACCUCCUGCCCCAGCACCUGCUCACCAUCAUCCUGAAUAUCAGGGUCAACCAGUGGUCUCGCACCCUCAUCAUAUUAUGCCUCCACAGCAACAUUACGCACCACCCCCACCUCCUCCACCACCAAUAAGCCAUCCAAUGCCACAUCCUCCCCAGGCCGCAGGUACUCCUCACCUGGUGUAUAGCCAAGCUCCACCUCCACCAAUGACCUCUGCUCCACCACCAAUCACCCCUCCCCCUGGACAUAUUAUGGCCCAGAUGCCACCUUAUAUGAAUCAUCCUCCUCCAGGACCUCCCCCCCCUCAACAUGGUGGUCCACCUGUAACUGCACCCCCUCCUCACCAUUAUAAUCCUAACUCUUUACCCCAGUUCACUGAAGAUCAAGGAACUCUGAGCCCUCCAUUUACACAGCCAGGGGGAAUGAGUCCUGGUAUAUGGCCUGCACCGAGAGGGCCGCCUCCUCCUCCACGAAUGCAGGGUCCGCCUUCUCAAACCCCACUUCCUGGACCACAUCAUCCAGAUCAGACAAGAUAUAGACCGUAUUACCAAUGAUAAUAGUAUUUUGAACUGAAGAUAUGAUGAGGAAACAAACUUAUGUAUAGUCAAUCUUUUAAUUAAGCUUUGACUGUUUGGGGAAGGGAAAGCGCCUCUUACUGAGGUGGCUGUAAAACACUUAGGGUCUUGUCUCUUAAAAUGGUUUUAAAUCUUGACCUUAGGAGUGAUUUCAAGUACUAUACUGUAGUGCAGAUAAGUGGCUCAGUUGAGCACAACUAUAUUUUAACAAACUUUCUUCCCCUAGUGUGGUAAAUUGACCCAGAGGUGACCAUUUGUAAAAAAUUUGAAAGAAGUUUUUCGUCGUUCCACUUUCAAAAGUAUUGCUUUUGUUAAACCCAAUGUUUAGUUUUUCUUGUGAUACAUUUUGUUAACCUGUGUAAAAGGAUUAAAUUUCAAUAUGGUUGUAAAAAUGCUAUUUUUAUGUGAAUUUAAGUGCAGCCACAUAGUGUUUUUUAAACCAUAUGUUUUACCACUAAUUUCCCAAAGUUAUAAUAAAAUCCUAAAAGUAAAAAUCUACUAGAAUUUACUGCAAGGCACACUGUUAAAUGGUAGAAAAUGAUUUCACAUGUUAGGCACUGAAAUUUUGAGGUAUAUUAGGUGUAUAAUGCACUUGACUUGGAUGCCUUUUCAUUUGUAGGCAGCCUCAGGAACACCAAAAUACAUUGGAAUUCCAGUACUAAGAAAUAUUUAUGUUUGUAAUACUGAAAGGCAGUGUUCGUUACUUGGAAAGUUACGGCCAAAGUAAUCAACUCUGUAGGCUCCAAGCUGUUGGGGAUGCUGGCACCCAUUAAUGCUUUUUAACUGAAUGGUUGGAAUCAUGUGAUGCACCACAGAUUAAUCUUAAGUAACGUUAUUUUAUAGAACUGUUUAAAUGGUGUGCUUUAGAUGAAGUGUAUUCCUCUCUAGUCAUUGUCUUAAACUAAAUAUUUAGGGCUGAAUAGGCUUUAUGUAAUUCCUCAUUUCUUGGUAGAAUUUGAUCCCGUGCUUAAGUGGGUUCUUGUUUAUUGGGUUUUAAACUAUAAUUUGAAUGCCAUGGAGAAAUUUGAAUAAUGUAUUAAUGAAGGACAUUCUUGUAAUCACAUACUUGUGUUGCUCAGGUUUCAUUACUGUGUGAUAAGGUUUUUCCUCUAACUUGACAUUUAAAAACUAUUAAUGAUUUCCUGUUUCUUUUACUGGUUAAGCAUCUAAAACGUGGAACGUUUUAGCUUGGAGUCAACAGUGAAGACUACCAGAUGAUUUUGUAUUAGAGAAAAGAAAAGUAAUCUAAAUUGUGAAUUUCAGUGCUUUAUAAGGUGUCUUUGGAGUCAGCUUUUGCAUUAUAGGGGCUUCUUACAGUCCAGCUGAGAUGACCACUUACAGUUUAUACAGAACUCAUAUGUAUAAAUCAACACUCUUAGGAUAUUACUAUAUAUCCUUUGAAUAAACCCCUGUGAAGUACUUCCUCCCCCCAAAAUGGUGCAUAACAUAUAAACAUGAAAUGUGUAGUAUGCAGAUGCCAUUUAUUAAAUAGUUAGUAGUGUAUAAAUUUAGAACAUUUCUUUUUGACAAAGGGUGAACUGAUUGCUAAUUUACCAUUUAAUUCUGUCAGGAACAGGCAAAACAACUUCUCAUCUUGGAUAAUCAGAUGCAAAGUUAUCUAUGAACUUAGAGCUGAAGUUAGAAAUAAUUACAAAUGGCCUUUUCAACCGUGACCAGCUGAAAAUAACUAAUACAAUUUUUUUAAGUGAAAGUACGUGAUUUUUCACACCUAGCAAUUUGAGAGUCCAGUUGUUAAUGCAAUAUUUCUAGAGAGAAAUUGUUAUCAGAAGCAUGGGAGUGAAAUAGUAUGAAAUGGUGGUGAGUGCAUCUAUCAUAUUACUGUAGGUACUUGGACUGUGCAAACUUGAUUCCUUUUCAUGGCCCUAUUUAGGAGCUGUUAAAAUACUCUUGUUGAAAAUCCAGUACCAUUUUUUGGUUUCAUGUAAUAGGAAAUAGCCGAAUUCACUUUAAAGCUUCUCAACUAUUUAUGAAGAGCUCACCUGUUUUAAUGAAAUUCACUAGAAUUGAAUGUGGCAUGAAACCACUUAGCCUAUGUAUUGGACAAAAGAAAUUAAUAUCAUGAUAAAAUUCCACAUGUUAAGAGAAUUCUUGUAGGCUUUUAAAAAAUGAUUUCUUUUUGGUUAGGUUUAAGAAAUAUGUGUUAUGCAGGAAGGCAGAUCAGAUGAAAUGUGUUGUAACAGACAAUUUUUUAAAAUGGUGUUAGACUUGAAUUCAUCCAAUUAUUGUUUGAAUGAGGGUGGGUGGGUAGAAGGAUAACAAAAUUACUGUUAGUGUUUCUUUCCUUAAGGAAAAAGAUGUGAAUCCCAGCCUUAUUUCAGGGAAGCCUUUGAAGCUAUGAUGGACAUAAGUCUAAAUUAAAUGUAUGUAUAUUUCAUUAUAUUGCUCUUAAGACUACUGAGGUGGCAGUUUAAUUCUUAAAAACAAUAAAAUGAAAGCAUAAAUACUAUUUUGCCUAGAUGAAUUUUUACCUAAUGAUGACACAUUUGGGAGAUUGCAGAAUUUUUCUUGUUCAUACAGCUUUUACAGUUAAAAUAGAUUCACCUUUUUGGAGAUUAAAACCGGCAAGUUGAACGUUAA